AUGCCCUAUCUGCUCGUCUUUGCGCUUCUCCCCCGCCUCAUUGCUGCUGGCUCAGUAUUCCAGGAGCAGCCAAUUCUUGUCCCUCGAAACAGUUACCCCAUCACUCCUGACGUGAAUGAAUCGCUCCUUGCCAUCCAGAUCGGAGGCAUUGUCGGCGCAUACGUGAUCUUCGUUGCCGUCCUUCUCUCACUGCUCCUCUUCGUGGGCCGCCGUCUGCGACGAGCUGUCCUCUCCUCCAACUUCUCUCUCCAAGUAGAGAUGAUGAAGCCAAUGAAUCCACCUCCCAGCAUGGAUCCAAGUCCCGUCACCCCCAUCUCCGUCAACCUGCCCAGCCCGGGCCCUAGAAGCUUCAGCCGGUCCUGGAGCAGCCUAGGCAGGGCUCCUCGCUCCCACAUCUCAGGGACCACCAGUGUUGCCACCAUCGACGAGACGGUGGUGGCAUCCGACCGCCAGCGAGCCCAAGAGGACCUCGAGAUGCUGUACGCAGCGGUCAUGGAGCACGAUGCACAGAAAGAAGCCGCCGCCGCCGCCGCAGCAACAGCCCGGGACAGUAUCCCAACAAACCCCUUUACAGACCGUGCCUCCCACGUCUCCUCUGGCCCCGGCUCAACCGUCAACAACUCCCCAUUGAGUCCACGAGCCAGCUCACGCCUAUCCCGCAUCUCCUCUCUCUCGCUCUUCAACCUCAACAAAUCCCAUGACAAGAACCAGCAAAGCCAACCAUCUACCCCAAACACCAGCAAGCUGCGCUCUCCCCGUCCCUUUCCUCUCCGCAAACUCUCCAUCUCCUCCCCCGUCGCCCCCCCUCCUACCCAACAGACCACCCCCCACUCACCCCUAGACACUACAACCCACCCCGACCCCCACGGCCAACAACACGGCCGCAGUCCCUCCUCCUCCCUCCCCUUCCGGGACGCCUACCCACUUCAAAGCGCUCCCGCCACGAAACUCACCGUGCUGGAACGGCCCCUGAAGCCACUCAAUGGGCCCAGGACAGGCCUGCCCACGCCAUAUAGUCCCUACAUGCCGUUCACUCCAGUGACGCCCUUGACGCCCAGCACGAUGAUCACAAAGCGUCAAAGACGCAGAGCAGAGAAGGAAAGUGGUCUGAAGGUGUUGAAUGAGGAUGAUUUGGUGAGAGAUGAUGGGGAUAUGUGGGGGUAUUGA